UUUAAUCCAUUUCACUUUUCUUCUUUUUCUGCAAGUUACUGCAACGAGCUUAUCGUAGGGAAAAAGUUUAAAUUUUGUUUUUUUUUCUUCAGUCAGUCAGACUUUUUUCUUCUGUGGAUUUUUUAUUUUUUUAAUUUCCGUUGGUUCUUGUUUUGCAACUGGUGGGCUUUCUAUUUUCGGAUUACCAUUAACCCACGCAAAAGUUCAUUAUAUCAUCAAACAACACCAGCACCCACCACACACAAAAAAAAUCACACAUUUACACAUACAAUUUUCAAUAUAAAUUCUUUACAUUUGGUUUUAGUUUCCACCUGUUGAUCUCAAUUGCUGCUUUCGCUGACAUCUGCUUCUGUACCUUCCACAAUCGUUACAAUCAUUUUACCCCUUUUACUGUUACUACCCCAACCACAACCCCAACCCCCCCUCCCCUUAUACACAUUUUUUAAGUGGACAAAAUAAAUUUAUCAGAAACAACGAAACUAAUGACCCAGGCUAUAUUCACUCUUUUGUAUAACCCCAGUUAUCUUGCCGGGGCCUUGGUCUUAGGAUCUACUUUAAAGAAACUCAUUCAAAAACAAGAAGAUGGUCUGGAACUUAAACUUGGAAUUUUGAUUGACAAGAAGAAUUUCACCUCCCACCACUUGGCAUUAUUAUCUAAAUACUAUGAUGAUUUGGUUGAUGUUGACCCCUUGGAGUCCAAAAUCACCGAUAAGUUAUACCACGAUUUGAAAAGACCAGAAUUGGGCAAAACAUUCACCAAGGUCAAACUUUGGUCCUUGAUUCAAUAUGAAAAAAUCUUGUAUUUGGAUUCAGAUACUUUGCCAAUUGUCCCCACCGGUGAUCAAGGCAGUGUAAUUGAUUUGUUAAAGUUGGAUUUUGCUAAAAACAAAAUCUUAGCUGCUCCAGAUAGCGGGUUUCCUGACAUUUUCAACUCGGGUGUAUUUGUAUUGAAACCAAAUUUAGAUGACUAUUCUAAAUUAGAUGCAUUAGUGCAAGAAUCCGCCAUAAACCCAAAUGUGUCCUUUGAUGGUGCUGAUCAAGGUUUAUUGAAUCAGUAUUUUAACACUCAACCAGAUUGGGUUCAAAGUUUACUCAAAGCAGGGAAAUCCAACAUUCAGCAAGCAGAAUCCACUGCAGAAACCAAUUGGGUGAAAAUUCCAUUUUUGUAUAAUGUGACUCCAAGUGCCCAAUACGAAUAUUUACCAGCAUACAAGCAUUUCUCCACUUCUCCAGAAUACCCUGGUGCACCAACACCAGGUCCAUUGGAAGCUGAAUUAGGUGAAGGUGGUCAAGAUCAAGAUAAACACGAUGAAGAAGUUGUCAGAUCAACUUUUGAAACAUUGAGCCGCUAUCAUUCCACUGCUGUCACUUAUAUCAACUACUCCACUACCCAAGUUAAAGUGAUCCAUUUCAUUGGUCCUUACAAGCCAUGGAGAUCAAGCUCUACUGUGAGUGGUAUUCAUAGAGAUUGGUGGAAUAUCUGGAUUCAAGAAUUUGGUGAGCGUAGUAUUCAGGAAGUCAUUAGUCCUCCUGCCAGUGAAGCAUUUGUUUACGAAGAACCAGAACAAGUUUAUCAUCAUGAAGAAAGUUGGGAUGUUCCUCAUCCACCACCACCUCCACCACCUGAACCAGUUUAUGUACCAGAACCAGAGCCCAUUGAUCAUUCUCAACCUCAGUCAUUAUUGGAUCCAGCUAAUUAUCAGCAAUUUGAAGAUAAUAUCAAACCUAGUGUUGAUGCCAUGUGGGAUCCAACUAAAGAAGCACCUCCCGUACAUGAGUACCAUUUUGAUGGUAGCCAUGAAAUGGAGCAUGGUAUGAGAUCGUUUACCAAUGUCUGGGAUGAACCAUAUCACGAGCCAGAACACCACCAUGAGGAGCAUCACCACCACCAUCACCAUGAAGAACCUCAAUGGCACCACCACGAAGAGCAUCAUCACCAUGAAGAGCAUCACCAUGAAGAGCCUCAAUGGCAUCAUCAUGAGGAACAUCACCAUGAGGAACCUCAAUAUCACCACCAUGAAGAACAUCAUUACGAAGAGCCACACCAUGAGGAACCUCAAUAUCACCACCAUGAAGAACAUCAUUACGAAGAGCCACACCAUGAAGAAUAUCAUGAGCCACACCACGAAGAGCAUCAUCACCACGAAGAACACCACGAAGAACAUCAUGAAGAACCCCAGUAUGAAGCUCCAGUCCCAGUGUACGAUCAUCAUUACGCUCAACCAGAAAGAGUAUUUGACACUAAAUACGACUACUUCCCUACUCACGUAUUACAACAACUUGACAAGAGUACUUCCACUGAAGAACCAAGAUCACUUUCUUCCCCAAGUGCAGAAUCCAGUGAUAACGCAGCAACUAACUUUAUCAAUUUUGCUGAAGUGAAUCAAGAACUUCAAAGAUCGGGUGUCAUUGAUGAAGAUGAUUUCGAAGAAGACUAUGGAGAAUUGGAAGAAGAACUUCCAGAAGAAGAGGAAUACGAAGAGGAGAUUGAAGAAGAUUAUAAUGUUCCUAAGUUGUUCCCAUGGGAGUUCAGACCUGCCUACAGAGCAGAAAGAGUGUUUGACUAGUUUGGUUUGUUGUUUUUGUUGUUUAUUUUUUGCUUUCUUAAUACUGUCAUUUUGAUUUAGUUCAGUUCAAGACUUUAGAUAAAACGUUGAUUUUUUCAUAUUUUUUCCAUAACUGUUUUUAGAAGACUUUGCAUGAAACUUAUAUAUACUUUUCUAGAUGUACUUUUGUACAAUAGACGAAUAAGGUUUAAAAGAAGAAAAGAAAAAAAC